CCAAACCCCCUUCCUUCCUCCCCCCUCCCUCCCCUGAAAGGCUGAAACGAAACCGGGUUGGUGAAAACCGCUGUCUCCCUCGCCCUUCCUCCUCCUCUAUAAGUCGCUCUCGCUGCGUCCCCACCGAGCGACGAGGAGUGCUAGUAGGAGGAGGAGGAGGAGGAGGAGGAGGAGGAGGAGCAGCAGCCGCCGCCGCCGCAAGAGAUGGGAUCGUCGGCGCCGCGAUACUUCUGGGGCGAUUCCCCCGAGGAGGAGGAGUACUACGCCUCGCAGGGCGUGCGGAAUCGGCAGUCGUACUUCGAGUCCCCCCACGGGCGCCUCUUCACCCAGUCCUUCCACCCCCUCGACGCCGACGCCGACGCCGUUGCGGGGGCGGUUAAGGGCGUGGUGUUCAUGAGCCACGGCUACGGAUCCGACUCCGGGUGGAUGUUCCAGAAGAUCGCCAUGGCCUACGCCAGCUGGGGCUACGCCGUCUACUGCGCCGACCUCCUCGGCCACGGCCGGUCCGACGGCCUCCACGGCUACGUCGGCGACAUGGAGAAGGUGGCCGCCGCCUCCCUCUCCUUCUUCCUCUCCGUGCGCCGCGCCGACGCCCACGCCCGCCUCCCGGCCUUCCUCUUCGGCGAGUCCAUGGGCGGCGCCGCCACGCUCCUCAUGUACCUCCGCUCCCCGCCGGGCACGUGGACGGGCCUGAUCUUCUCGGCGCCGCUCUUCGUCAUCCCCGCCGACAUGGUGCCCUCGCGCCUCCGCCUCUUCGUCUUCGGCCUCCUCUUCGGGGCCGCCGACACGUGGCAGGCGAUGCCGGAGAACAAGGUCGUGGCGAAGGCGAUCAAGGACCCGGACCGCCUCCGCGUGAUCGCGUCGAACCCGCGGCGGUACACGGGGCCGCCGCGCGUGGGGACGAUGCGGGAGCUGGUGAGGGUGACGGCGUACCUGCAGGAGAGGUUCGGCGAGGUGACGGCGCCGUUUCUGACGGUGCACGGGACGGAGGACGGGUGCGCCGCGGCGGAGGGGUCGACGAUGCUGUACGAGAGGGCGAAGAGCGACGACAAGAGCCUGAUCCUGUACGAGGGGAUGUACCACUCGCUCAUACAGGGGGAGCCCGAGGAGAACAGCCGCCGCGUGCUCCACGACAUGCGCGCCUGGAUCGACGAGCGCGUCCGCCGCUACGGAGGACAAGAAGCAGCUCGUGAUUGAUGAUCAGCUGCGCCGCCGAGAGACGCUUGUGUUUAACGCGUCGAACAAACUUACCAUUGCUGUAUUAUCUUAUCCUGUGAAUUGUCGCGCUGCAAGAGUGGUGGACGGUUUUGCAUUUUUCACAUCAAAGUAGUAAGAAUAUUUCUCUUCUUUCUAUUUUUUUGGGCUUUCAAUUGAGGGUCGUAAAUCAUCGUGUGUACUUGCCACCGUCAGGACGUGCUCCUAGUGGAUGCUUCAGUACAGGAUUGAAUAA